CGCAAAGCGACGGUAGCCGAGAGCGGUCAGCUGACCAACGCGGAAGUGAGCGAUAACAGUAAGAAGCUACAUAGUUCGUGAGAAUUAAGUGGCCUUUUGGUGUUUUUUUGUCCACGCGUGUCAACAUGGUUCGGUGUUUUCUGAUCCACACCGUGUGCCCUGUCACUGCUCUGUCUGCCGGGGAGAGCAGGGUGCUUUACUCCCGGCUUUUCGGUCCAGAUGAAGGAGCCCUGACCGACCAGCACCGAGAGCUCAGUCCGGAAGAGAGACGACUUCUGCAGAAGGAGAAGGUAGCUAUGGUAGCAAGGCAGGUCCGUAGCGCUGUGUCUCUGUCCCGGGAGGCCUCUGGUCAGCUGCUGGUGGAGGUGGUGCCGGGUGAGGAGGCUCUGGCCCUGCAGGAGGCCGACAGCGGUGUGGCGCGUCUGAGAGCUGGAGACCCCUUCUCUGAGGAGAUGAGCGCUCUGUGGCUUGGAGUCCAGAGUCUGGGCUUCACGCUGGUUUGUGAGCCCCACGAGAACCUGCUGCUGGCCGAGGGAACCCUCCGCAAUUUGACCCGAUACUGCCUGGAGCAUAUGCACAUGCUGGGGCAGGGGAGUGAGGUCCUGCUGAGGAGCAACCGUAUCGAUGCUCUGCUCAGCCGCCUGCUUCCUCACGGGCAGCUCCUCUUCCUCAACCAUCGCUUUGCACAGAGCCUGGAGAAGGAAGUGGCAGCCUACAUGGUGAAGUGAAUUGGAGCAGCCCGGUGCGCACAGGCCAUUUUAGGGUCACUGUAAUCGCCUCACCCCAGUCUUUCUUCCAGUUUGAGUUCGAUUCCCGCUGGUGACAACUGUUGGCUGUCAAACAAAGCCCACUGUUGUUUACCUUUGGUGACAUUUCUGAGACAGUCGAAGAAGAACAGACUACCGGCAGCUGCUGUUUCAGAUUGCAUGAGGUGGGAAACACAUAGUAUAGAAUAUCUCCCUCAGCCACUCACUGUUGACUGUUUACUGUGUAGGAGGCUUCAGUUCAAAUCCUGUUUGUCAGAUUGUAGAGGCGAAAGGAAAAUGUGGCAGAUUUAAGAGUGCAGCUGAAGAGGCCAGUUUAAACCGACUCGUCAGCAUCAAAGCGUGCUGUUUAUCUGAUUCACCAUGCUGGAAAUGUCACAGUGUGGCCCUGAGCAUCCAGAUUUCACCUGUUUCUGUGUUUGCGGGAAUACAAAUGAUUCCCAAAGUGCAUUACUACCUUCUUAUGACUUCCAACAGACCUUUCAGUGCUGACGAGCAGGCGGAAACCAGAAUGUUUUUUUUUUUUAAAUGUAUUUUGUAGUACAAGGUCAGGUUUAUCUCAGCAGAAAUGGGG